CUCGAGAUUGCCAGUUCACGUCAGGGACCUUCUCAGGGCUGGAUUUCGAUGGACCGGGAGGGUACUGUAACAAUGUGGCUUCUACCCCACCAUCUCCCGUUUCCCGCAUGCGACCCCUGUUCCGGCCCUGGUUCCGGAGCGAAGGGGUGCAUGCGAGUUACUUAAAUAACCCUCGGCUUCCAUCCAACAAGGGGUCAUCAACAGUCUGCUCACCGGCCCUGGGGCAAACCAAUCCUCCUCUACAUGUUUCUCCCGGCAGCCACGCGUACAUACUGGAUUCGGGGCUGGGCCAACCGGCGCAAGAAGAACAACAGCGCUACUGUCGCCAACUGAGGCAUCACUUGUCGCCGAUCUGUGAAUGUACCGCAUUGUACAGUACCUGUCCAACCGCGGUCAGAUACCGCCAGCAGCACCCGGGACAUUCUCAGCCCAACAUGCCUACUCCGUUUCCCAUCAACCCCGCGGCAAUUCCACUGGUGCAAACCCGGAAGGCGUUGUUGAUUCUGGAUUUGCAAAACGACUUCGUGUCUCCGGAUGGCGCUCUAUACACAGAGGAACCCGAAGGCUACGUCGACCGUAUUCUGGACCUGGCCAGGGUUUUCCGGGACACGGGCGCUGGCGACGUGGUGUGGAUACGCAGCGAGUUUGAACGCCAUUGCUCUCUUCUCCAAGAUGGUGAUCAAAUCGUCACGGCGGACACGAUUCUGCGUGCGAAAAAGACGCCGCCGCGAGGGCGUCAGCCGUCUUCGACCAUGCACGAGAGCGCCGUUAUGGAGGAUGAUGAGGAGGCCUUCCUCAGCGUCGGCGCGAACAAGAACAAGAAGUCUUGUGUUCGUAGAGACACCUCGGGUGCCGAAUUCGCUCCGCGGGUGAAGGCGGCCGUGGUCGCAGGCCGCGACAUUGUCUUCACCAAGACCCAUUACAGUGCCUUCGCCUCGGGGCAGCAGCAGCUGGUGCAACUGCUCCGGGGUCGGUUUGUGACCCAGAUGUACGUCUGCGGAGCGCUGACCAACAUCAGCAUUUACGCGACGGCGCUGGGUGCAGGACAGCACGGAUACGACGUGACUCUCGUCGAGGACUGCUGCGGCUUUCGGGGCACGAUGCGCCAUCUCAAUGCCGUGAAACAACUCGAACACUUGACUGGCUGCGAGGUGCUGAGCUCCGAAAACCUGCUCGACCAGUUGCAGCCUUCGGCCCCGCCGAGCCAGUCAACUGGUCUCUCCCCGUCCAUCUCCAAGAUCUGCCUGAACCUCGGCGGUGGACCCCCGGAUGCCUCCCCCGCAGCGGGACCCCGACCCAUCACCUCCCGACCCAUCACCCCGGAGCCUACGUCGCCGCAGCCGGGUUGGGUUGAUCAGAAGCGAACACCAACACUGCGUCAUAUAGCCUCGAACAACCAGUCCAGUCCAAAAUUGGACACGAAACGCCUUGCGAACGACACCCCUCCUUUGGAAGUUGACUCUGACUCGUCAUCGUUGGACAGUGAGUCAACGUAUAGCCGAGAAGAGAAGCCUGAAGAAGGGGAGGGAAGUGCGCAGCCUCCGACUGCCAAGGGCGAAUUGGAGAGCUCAAAAGGUCCGAUCCUACCGCUCCCCGGGGCAGGCAGCGCUAAAGCUGAGAAGCUCAGUGUCAUGAGUCGGGUCGCACAAGGUCGAGAUCCAGUCUCAAAUCCAGACGAGAAGCCGUCAGUUCUAUCCUCAUCGCAAACCAUCGCAACCCAGUCAAGGCUUCCAGCAGACGCAACAGAACCGGAAAUCAACUCUCCCCUGAAAGUAACCGCGCCAGCUCUGAAGAUUGAAUCGGACUCACCACACACCAUGACUGACCAUCAACCUGCCGUCGUCUCAGAGCCACUGUGCGAGGGCGACACCUCCGUCAUUACCAAUGUGUUGCCUCCAGCUCUCGCCGCCGACGCCUUUGAGCGUCUGCUUGAGGAAGUCAGCUGGGCCGGCAUGUCGCACAUGGGCGGUGAGGUGCCACGCCGCAUCGCCGUGCAGGGCGAGGUUGCCGAGGAUGGCAGCAUGCCCAUCUACAGGCACCCAGCGGACGAGUCGCCCCCGCUGCUACCAUUUUCUCCCACCGUGCUGCAGAUCAAGAAGGAGGUUGAGAACCACCUUGGCCACCCCCUCAACCACGUCCUGAUCCAACACUACCGCAGCGGCAACGACUACAUCAGCGAGCACAGCGACAAGACGCUCGACAUAGUCAGAGGCAGCUUCAUCGCCAACGUCAGCCUGGGCGCCGAGCGCAGCAUGAUCUUUCGCACCAAGCGACCGCCCAAGGACAAGACCACCACCACCAAGUCUUCCCCAUCCAAACCCGAACCCCGCCUCACCAUCACCGACGAGAGUCAACCCACCAGCACCACCCCUCCCCACCCCAACGACACCGACACCUACCCCGAACCCAAACGCCAAACCCAGCGCGCCCCUCUGCCCCACAACUCCCUCCUCCGCAUGGGCCUGUCCACAAACGCCCGCUGGCUGCACUCGAUCCGCCCCGACAAGCGCGCCGACCGCGACAAGACCGCCCGCGAGCUCUCCCACGCCGGAGCGCGCAUCAGCCUGACGUUCCGGCAGAUCGGCACCUUCAUCGACGCGUCCCAGUCGCGCAUCUGGGGUCAGGGGGCGACGUCCAAGACGAGGGAGGGCGCGCGGGAGGUGGUCAACGGGCAGACGGAGGAGGCGGUGCGGUUGUUGAGGGCUUUUGGGGCUGAGAAUAGUAAUAGGGGUGGGGAGGGGUUUGAGUGGGGGGAAUGGUAUGGCGAGGGGUUUGAUGUGUUGCAUAUGGGUGUGCCGAAGAGGGUAUUUUUCACCUCUUCGUUUUCGGGGUUUGGCGGUGAUGGUGGGGACGGCGUGGGUAAUGUCUGCGUUGCGCUCGCCCUGGCUGAAAUGGGCGUCGGCUGUGCUAAGGGGAGUGUGGAGGGGUUGGAGGUGAGGUUUGAGGAUAACGAUCCCGGUCGGGCGGUCGUAGAGGGGUGGGCGUCCGUAUUGAGGUACCUUGAUGCCGUGUAUGGCGCCGGGAGGAGGUACGAUCAGAUGCUGCCCGGGGAGGUGGCGAGAAGGUUUGUACGGUUUCAGAGGGGAUUGGAUCUUUGGGGGAAGUGGAAGUGUGCGGUGGAGGAGGCGGGUAUCAAGGCUGGGGCAGGAGAACGGGCGAGUGAGGAGGAGGUCGGAACUGUGAAGAAACUCCUGAAGAAGGAGUUGGCGGAUUGGGAGGCCUGGGCAGAGGAGGCUUCUUCUCCUGCUGCUACCUCGGGCGACAGGACAACAGUCGUUGAGAUGGGAAGCAGCUUCUACAUCGCUGGGGGCAGCCAGCCUUCGCCGGCUGACUUUGCACUCUGGCCGGUUCUGCACGACAUGGUGAGAGGGUGUGGCGACCAGCUGCUGGGGAAGAAUUUAAGGCGAUAUUAUGCUACGUUCAAGGAGAGGAGCUCGGUUGCUAAAGCGCUGGGGCAGGUCAGGGCGGGAUGAGGAUGCUUUGAAGUUUUGGACACCGGUACUGGAUGAUUUCUUGGCACAUCACGCAAGCUACAGGUAGCGAAAAGUUCUGGAUUCGAAUA